CGCUCUCUGUCUUUCUGACGCACACAUUUCUGUUUGUCUCCCUCUGUUUUCCAUUUCUCUCUGAAAAGGAAAAUAGAAUAAAUUAAUUUUAUAUUUCCCGAUUUUUGUCACUCUGUCACACACAUUUCUAUGGCAUAGAAAAGUGGGGAUCCGCUCGGGUUGAUUGGACUUUUUGGAUGCCAGUGAGCAUACCAAAGUCUGCUUCUUUUGUUUUUUUUUUUCUUAUUAUUAUUCAUCUGAGAAGGCUUUUUCAGCUUUCUCAAGCUUCAGCUUUUGUAUCCGGGAAGAGAACUAGGAACUGAGAACUGGGAAGGGUUUUCUCUCUGUUUCCUGGCUGGCUGCGGCUGCUGGAGCUCCAAUGAUAUCAAAUCUUGUUGUGUCUUUUUUACUGUUCUUUUGAAGCUGAAGGUGAUUUUUCCUUUUUUCUCUAAGAACAGGUACCCACGAAUGAUACAGGCAGUAAGCUCUUUUAUUUCUUUUCUGCAUGUAUCUUCUCAUCAUUAAUAAGCUUUUACUGUCCUUUUUUCCUUCUGGGUUUCUGUUGAAUUUCUAUGUUUUUGUCUUUUUAAAUGUUUUCUUUCAAUCUGUUUGGUUAUGAGAAAACAGUUGUCCCAGGAAAAAGUAAACAAAAUGGAAACUUCCUCUAUUCUCAUGGGUUUUCUCGUUUUGUUAGUUUUUGUUUGUUGUCUUCCUUAAUGUCAUUCGAUUUUAAGCUGCUAAGUUUUGUUUAGAUGUGCUUUAUUUGGUUGUUGAGAAAAUGGAGGAAAAUAAAGAAGAAUUUGGUAUCAAAAUAAUCGUAAUUCCUAAAAUAUAUAAAUACUCAAGAGGAGUGAGUGAGAUUGAGUCGAGUUUUUGUUCUGUUACUAGAUCGUUUGAGAUUUUUAGAUUCCAGGUGGAUCUUAUUCGAGACUUGAUGAAGUUUUCAAUGUAAUUGUAGAGAAAUCUCAGUUUACACUAUUUAUGUAGAGUUCUUCUGUGGGCCGAUGAUUUCUAUAUGUCAAUUGCUAUGGCUGUCAUGAAUUAGAUUCUUGGCUGGAAUGGGAUUUUUUAAAAUAAUAACACAAUGUGCCUCUUGUGUUUUUUGUUUUUUCUUGAUUGUCAACUUAUUUUUUUCCUGGGAAAUUGUGGGAUUGGCCAGACAUUGAAGGGCAGGUUUCAUCUUUGGACAGUUUAUGAACCUCAACUUAUUUUCUUCCAAAUAGUGUGCAGGGUUGCCUUUCAUUAGGGCAGCAAAUUGAGGCUGUGAAUUAUGUUGCAGCUGACCUGAAACAUUGGUUUUCUUUGAAUGAUUAUGCGAGUCAUUGGAACUUGAGAAAUUGGACCAUGGAGUUGCGUUUGGACAUUCAAAUUCAGCCACGGAUGGACUCAAUGACUUGUAUGGUGAAGCUGGCCUAUGAUGCACAAUGAAUCAUGAGCGCUUGUUUAUAUUAUUAAAGUAAUCUGCUUCUGGCCAGAUUUUUCUGUGACAAUCUGCAGUUCAAUUGCACAUAGCAUUUUAUCAUCAGUGGAUAUUCUAUUGAUCAGAGUUGCCUUUCAUUGACCAAGAGGCAGUCUUGGCUAAGUUAUCUGCUUUAAAGUAUAUUAGACUAAUGAUGGAUCAGCAUGACUUAAAAGCAAGUGAAAUGGUUGGUUUUAAGCGCUUUAGUUCACCUGAAAAGGCCAAUUGUUUGGGGAACGCAAAGAGCUUAUCUGAUUCUUAUAGAGUUCCUGCUGAUGGAGACAAUGGAUUGAAUAAACAGAAGCAUGGUUCUGUUUCUGACCAUGGAAUCAAUAGUUGUGAAUCUGCACAAUCAACAGAAAUGGAAAGGAAGCAUUUAACUCAUAAUGAUGCUACUUCAAUUUCUUGCAACAUAGAAAAUGCUGAUGAGUCGACACUGUUUUCUUCUGUUGUUUCUCCUUCGACAACUUCAGAACUCAAGAAAGAGAACUGGGCUGAAGGAACUUGCAGGGUAGUGCCAAGCAGUGAAAAUCUAGUGGAUUGUGAUGUAUCUGCAUCUUGCCCCAGGGGUAUUGAUUUUAGACAAAAUGUCUCCAUGAAGAAUGAUGUUGGCUCAGGGGGAAGGCAAACCCUUGACAAAGAAACCAAUGAAUUAACUGGUGGAAGAAUGAAGGAGAAUUGGCUAGAUGUUGAUGGAAACGGUUUGAAGUCAGUGAUGCUGGCAAAUUCUCGUGGCAAGCAACUUAAAACUGAGUCCUCCUCUUCCAACUCUAUUCGUGUGAUCCUCCCAAGCUCUUCAAAUGACAGCUGUCAGGAAACAUCAGCAGAUGUCAAGUCAGGUGAGCAUACUAAGUGUUGUGGUACUGAUACCUCUGCAUGUACUAACUUAACUAGCAGUCUGGAGGAGCCUGUAGUAAAAAAAUCACAAUUCGGUAUGGCAGUGCAGAUUUCUGUCAAAGAUGACAUGCAUGUUACAGGCUUUUCACCUAAAAAGCAAGGCCAUAGGCAUGGCCAUUCAAAAAUUAUUAACGAUGUUGGAGCAAGAGAUUUUCAUAAUCUGGCUGAGAUGAUUGCAGAUGGUAAUCUCAUAUUCUUGGAGAAAAGUGAUGUUCAGAAAUCCAUUUCACCUAGGAAAGAAAAUGUAGAGUUUGCAAAAGUGAAGCAACAGAAUGAGUUGAACCAAAGAGUUCUAAGUGAUGUGGAGCAAGACGUUGGGAUGUACAAGGAAGCCUCAGGAAGUUGCUCUUCUAUACAAGACAAAUGUGGCGAGAUUGUUCCCCUGAGCUCUGUUGAUUCUUCUGUUUCAAAUAGAGGGAGCUUAACAGAAAAUAGACGCAAAAUCCAUUUUGGCUGCAAACGAGAUAGGUAUGAUAGGUUCAGAUCCCCUAAAGACCAGGUGAGUCUGGAAAUGUCAACUAGAAAUGAAGCGUUGUGCAUGGAGGUUAAAGAGCCAUCAUCACAAUACAGGGAUCACAUGAAGAAGCAUAAAACUAAUGGUUGCCUGCAUGGGCAGGGAUCAUCUCCUUUUAUUACAGAAUCAGAAGAUAUAACUACUAGUGACCAGCAUACUUGUGUUCCUGGAAUUGAUCUUAAUGAAACUAUCCUUGUAAAUGAAGUGGAUUACCAGAAACAAUCAAUCAAUGAAGCAGUAUCUUUGCAUGCAGAAAUUGUGUCAAAGCCAAAACCUGUGGCGGCUAAAUCUGGAAUGCCUAUAUGUUUAGCUAAACUUCAUAUAAAACUCGAUGAAGAGGCAGCCGGCUGGAGGGGAUCUGCUGCAACUAGUGCUUUUCAGCCAGUUUCUUUUUCUGAAAGCAUAAAUAGGAUCAAGGCAUCUUCUCCUGUGGACAAUAACAAUGGUUCAAAAUAUUCACAGGUUAAUUGGAUUGACCUCAAUGUUUCUGCUGAAGGAGUUAAUUGUGAUGUGGAAUUACUUCCAGAGAAAUGCCUUAAAGCAGUGUCAAGUUUCCCUUCUGAAGACCGUUUGAUGGAGGUUAGUUCAUCACAAGCAAAGAAGUUCAAUAUUGACCUCAAUUGUAUUGGUGAAAAUGAUGAAAAUUAUCAUCAACUUUGUGCACCAGCAUCAUUAUCAAGAAGCUCCGUUAAGGAUUUUGAUUUAAAUGAUCAACCAAUAUCUGCAGAUAUCUGUAGUGAUCCUUACUCGCUAGCACAGGGGGAUUCAGCAUUGAGAGACAGAACAUCUGGUGAUUCAGUGGUUACUUUCUUGGGAAGUGCAAAACAGCCGGAAUUUAACAGUGUAGAAUCAUCAUCAUACAUGGGAAAUUUAAGUCCCAAGCGAUUUAGUCUCGGAGAAGGCAAACAAUUCCUGAUGGCUGCAUCCACUAACCUUCCUCUAGUUGAACAAAUGCGAACCCCCUUUUCCCAGCAACAAAGGCCAACUCUUGCAUCUUAUUCAUCUCCAUCAUGUCUUCCACAUACAUUCUUAUGCAAUAAUGCAUUCUUCAUUGACCCUAACAACUGCAUAUCUUCAAAUGGUGUCAUUUCAUACAACAUAAUAAACCCACAAGUAACUGCCUUUUUCCCCGAGAUGUUAGGUUCCAGUGCCGUCCCUGCCUUUUCUGGGACUCCACAUGUCAUGCAGGGUCAUGAUAGACCCAGCUUCAAUGACAUUGCAAUCACAAGGCCCAAUUUUGGGCCAAAUGGAGGGUAACUUCAUCAAAGACUGGAAGCUGGGCAAGAAAAUGGCAGAAAGCUUACAGUUCCUGUAAAUAAUCCAACAACAGAAAGAUCAAAUGACUCCCCUCCAACAACUUGCUUUAUCUGCUGCACCCAUGCAGAUGGAACCAGAGGGAAGUGGGGAGCUCACCAACCUGGCGUUAGACCAACGACUUCUCGACGAUAGAUUUCCAAAGACAGUGUCAGUAAAUUUUUUCCUAGAAUACAAUUUAAAUUUGCUUUUGCAGUUCAAUUGUUUAACUUGGCCAGAGUAGUGAAGAGGAGCUGAAAAACUUUGGCUUCCGCAAUUAUUAGCUGAUGAUGCAUGUUUUUGUUUGGGACAUGAGAAGAGCUGAAAGUGAAAUUUGUGAAACUCAUCCUAUGGUUUCUUGUUUUCAUUCUUGGUUUGACGAAUUGUUUAUAUUGAUAAUGACUGAACCAAUUCCUUUCUAUAUCAAAUUUUCAUA